GCCCCGGGCCCCCGCCUCAGCAGGCCCCUUCGACAGUCCAGUUCUGCACAGCUUGCCCGGACGGGCCAACCCUGCCCGACACCCCAAUCUCGUAGAUAUGUUUGAUGACUUCUCAGAAGGCAGAGAGUGUGUCAAUUGUGGGGCCAUGUCCACCCCACUCUGGAGGAGAGAUGGGACAGGACACUACCUGUGCAAUGCCUGUGGCCUCUACCACAAGAUGAAUGGCAUCAACCGACCCCUCAUCAAGCCUCAGCGCCGACUGUCCGCUUCCCGCCGGGUAGGCCUCUCCUGUGCCAACUGCCAGACCACCACCACUACACUGUGGCGCCGCAAUGCCGAGGGCGAGCCUGUGUGCAAUGCCUGCGGCCUCUACAUGAAGCUCCAUGGGGUACCUAGGCCUCUUGCAAUGCGGAAGGAGGGGAUUCAAACCAGGAAACGAAAGCCCAAGAACCUGAAUAAAUCUAAGACAUCAGCAGGUCCUCCUGGUGAGAGCCUCCCUCCCAGCAGCAGUGCCUCCAGCAACUCCAGCAAUGCCACCACCACCACCAGCAGCAGCAGUGAAGAGAUGCGUCCCAUCAAGACAGAGCCUGGGUUGUCAUCUCACUAUGGGCACAGCACCUCCAUAUCCCAGGCAUUCUCUGUCAGUUCUGUGUCCGGCCAUGGGCCCUCCAUUCAUCCAGUGCUGUCGGCUCUGAAGCUCUCCCCACCAGGAUAUGCAUCUCCUGUCACUCAGACAUCACAGGCCAGCUCCAAGCAGGACUCUUGGAACAGCCUAGUCCUGGCUGACAGUCAUGGGGACAUAAUUACUGCGUAACUACCCCCCUCCCUCUUCAAAUUCCUGCUCGGACUUGGGACCUGGGGGCCAGCAAAGUCUGAGGCUGGGGGCACCCUGGGCAGUCCCUUUGUCUGGGAACAACUCCCAAAGAACAACUGGGUAGAACUUGAAGUUGUUGACAAUUGCUUAGGGAUGUGGGUGCUGGGUUUCUUCAAACACCUUUUCCAGGUGGAGCACUGGAAAGAGCCUGCAUUCUUAGAGACAAGCCCACCUUCACUGUGAAUACAGCACAGUUAAGACUCUUCAAUGUAGCAGGAGACUUCUUUCUUAUUCUCCACUUGCCUGUCCAGGACUUUCACCCUAACUCUCCACCCCAGUGGUUCUAGGUAGUGGGUUUCUCUUUAUGCUCCUAAGGUGGCUGUAGGGGCCUGAGCUUCAAGACACCAUCUACAGCCUGAGCAGGGUGUCUACUUGAUGUGGACUGGACGUGGCAGCCCUGCCCUUGUCCAACACUCCCUUUGAAGCAUGGCAUGUCCCUGCAUGCCCCAUACCAGAUCUGACUCCAAAAGUGCUGGGUGCAAUACAGAUGUUACUGAGUUCUCCCUGGGGAGAUGGUGGAGAAGGCACAUCACCCAUCACACAGGAUAUUCAUCAAAUCACAGCCCAGCAGUGGUGCCUUCCCUUCUUCCUCUCCUGAGAACUCCGACAUUAAACCCCUUGCUCUCCAGCCUGAACAUCUCCUAUCCUCUGCAAAACUAGAGCUCAGCUGUGUAGCAGGCUAGGGGAACUUGGUGCUGCUCCUAGCAUCCUUUUUUACCCCCUUCACAUACAUGGGUUCCACAGAGGAACAAAAACUGCUACUGUAGCAGCUUGGUGACUGUACUCAUCUGCACCGUGGAUCCCUCUGAAGAUUGUGUCCAAAGCACAAUCCUCUUCCCAGGGCUCCAGCUUGCUUGUUCUGAGCCUGCCAGGCCAUGGCCUCUCAACGCAGACAGUUACCUGGAUCCGGGCCUUUCUACAGCAAGGAUCCUUUGUCCAGGAAAUACAGAGUGUUUGCAAGAUAAAUUCAAAGCAGAAACAACAAAAGGAAGUUUGUGCAAGGACAAAGGUGACUGACUCAUGGAAGAUGUCUUAGGGCCUGAUGGGAUUGCCAUGCUUGUAGCUGUCCUAGAAUUGGCCUUCUCCCUCACCCAUUACUGGGGUUCCCAAAGAUUCUUCCUUGUCCUCAUCACCCACAGAGCUGUAGCCAACUAUGGCAUUACCCCAUUGUACCCCAAACUCCCAGCCCCACCCUAAACCUUGCUGGCCGUAGCAGAGAAUAGCUUUGAACCAAGAUCCUGUUGUAAUCAUCAUUUACACUGUUUUCUCCCUCAAGGCCACCCUCCCAUGUCCCCCCAACCCCACAACCUGUUAACAUUGUCUUAAGGUGAAAUGGCUGUAAAAUCAGUAUUUAACUAAUAAAUUUAUCUGUAUUCCUCCUUC